CAUGCCCCAUUCAUCAUAAGAGGUUCUGUAAUAUUUGAAAUUCUCGGUUCGUGUUCAAUGUAGACGUUUCGGACGAAUCCGUCGUAACAUCCUUUCAAAUCGUUGAAGUUCUGAACUCGACAAUGCUCAGGACGAGACUGCUGCACUGCCUGUCGCGGAGAUCCUACUCUUCCGCGCUGUACAUCACCGGGGACAAAGCUAAGGAGCAGUACGCGCCCUUGGUUCCCUAUCUGGACUUCCAGGCGAAGUUGUCGGACCUCGAAAAGCUUCGGCAGAACUUGAACCUUCGACGAUACCAGUUGGAUUUUGAAGACCUCAAACACCAGAGGGAUCUGUACCGAUCGAUAGAGUUGCGUAAACGAGACAUAGAAGCCAGGCGAGUUGAGUUGAAGGAGAAGAUCAAGGAAUCGAAGAGUGAGGAUAAGAUCAAGCAGUUGAAGAUGCAGGCCACGCUGGCCAGGGAUGAUCUGAAGAACCUGAAGGAAAGCAGCUAUGCCAUAGCGGACAAGUUCGUUGCCGGGACGUUUCUGGCCAUUCCGAAUGAGCUGCACGAGAGAACACCGGCGGAUCAGGAAGAAGUGUUGUACGAGCGGAGCACGUCGAGGGAAGGAAGUGCGAUCGGAGACCAGUGGUUGGAGAAGUACGACUCGACCUGUUUCUACAUGACUGGGGAUGCUGCGUUGAUGGACCUGUUUCUACCGAUGAACUGUGCUGGUCUGCUACAGGAUGCUGGGUUUGUGCUAUUUUCCAAUCCGGAUUUCGUGCGUAGCGUUCUGGUGGAAGCAGCCCGUGAGGAUCCAGAGUCGAUUUAUCUGAUCAAUGAAGAAGUCGACCUGGAACACAAGCUGAACUUGCUGCAUUUGUGCGGUGGAGGGUCCAUGCUGAGCUUCUUAGGAUAUCUGACGAAACUUUCAGUGUUUCCAACGGCUCUUCCUCUGCGCUUGGUGGCCAUUGGCAAGCAGUAUUUUUACGGCAAGACGCAAACCAGUGCCGUUCAGAUGAUGACCGCAACUCAGCAAGCUCCCGAGGCAGUACAGAUUUUCGAUGAAACAAUCGAGUUGUACAAAAAGUUCUACGAUCAGCUGGAGUUGAGUUACCGAUUGGUGCAGGUUCCAGCUCACCACUUGGAGACAUCGGAAGCAAUGAGAGUAGAUGUGGAAAUCUAUAGUCCACGUGCGAAGGGCUUUGUGAAAGUCGGUAACGUUUGCUAUUACUCCGAUUUCAUCAGUAAGCGGAUAGCGUUCAAUUACCACGAAGGGAAGGUCCAGAAGUUUCCUCACCUGGUGUCCGGAACCGUACUUAAGGCAGCCAACCUCAUCGAAGUGCUACUACAGCACGGCAUUUGUUACAAAGACUUGAAAUUUCUCAAUCAAUGAAACCGGUUUUAUAAAGUUGUUAGUUUUAAAUUAGAAAAAAUAUAA